AUGGGCUGCUUUGGAUUCCUCAGCAAGAGCAAGGCCAACGAUGCCGCUUCCGUCAAGACCGACACUACCCUGGUCGAGGCUGCUUUCGACUCUGAAAAGGCACGCAAGCUCGACUUGGCAGCGGCAGCUAAACCGGACACCACAGGACCACGUCUGCGCGCACUGCGCAAGUUGAUGGAGGAGGAAGAUGUCGAUUUCUACCUCGUACCCACGGACGAUGCCCACGCCACCGAGUACACUGCUGCCUCCGAGAUGCGCCGUGUAUGGAUCUCGGGCUUUACCGGCUCGGCUGGAACUGCUAUCGUCGGCAAAGACUCGGCCCACCUCUUUGCUGACGGUCGGUACCACAUUCAGGCAGCGGACCAGCUCGAUGACAACUGGACGCUGCACAAGGUCGGCGUGAAUGGUGUGCUCGACUGGCCGGCGUGGAUCGUGGAGCAGGCCAAGGAGGGAACGAAGGUCGGCUUGGACCCUGCCCUGACCGGUUACACUCAGGGCAAAUCCCUCGUCCUGUCUCUCAAGAACAAGGUUGCGGCAGCUGUAUUCCCUUCGCGCAAUCUCGUCGAUGUAGCCUGGGGGUCCGACCGCCCGGCACCCGUGGCUUUCCCUGUCUACGAGCACGAACUCAAGUAUGCCGGUAAGCCUGCCACAGCCAAGAUUGAGGAUGUUAGGCAAGAUCUCAAAGCACAGCCUGCUGGCUCAGCCUACUUCAUCUCGGCUUUGGAUGAGGUUGCGUGGCUGCUCAACCUGCGCGGUGCUUCGAUCCCUUGUCACCCUGUCUUCCCCGCAUACCUUCUCAUCUCGGCUGACCAGUCGACGCUCUUCAUCCGACCUGAGCUUCUACCCCAAGGCAACGCCGCGGAUAAGUACAUCCGUGACACGCUCAAAGUCCAAGUGGAACCGUACGAUUCGGUCUGGGACCAUCUGCGUCGCUGGACCUCCGAGGGUUCCGAUGGUCGCAAACUCGUAUCCGGUGAAAAGCUGUCGUACGCGGUGGCCAAUGCGGUCGGUGACGAGAAGCUCGAGCUACUCGACCCUUCCCCCGUCGCGUUGCGCAAAGCGGUCAAGAACGAUGUGGAGCUCGAGGGCUUCCGUGCCAGUCAUGUCCGCGACGGUGCGGCCUGGGUGCGGUGGGCAGCCUGGCUCGAGGAUCACGUCAAGGUGAAGCGAGCCAAGAUCGACGAAUGGGAAGCUGCGGUCAAGUUCCAGGAGAUCCGCAAGCAAUUGCCUUUGUAUGCCGGUGACAGCUACGACGCCAUCUCUGCGACCGGUCCCAACGCAGCGCUGCCUCACUACGAGACUCCAGAGAAGGGCAGCCGCGUGAUCGAUCGCGAGACGCCGUACCUGAACGACUCGGGUGCGCAAUACCACGACGGCACCAUCGACUGCACACGAACGGUGCACUUUGGUCGCCCAAGCGCAGAGCAGAAGCGCGCCUACACGCGGGUCCUUCAGGGCCACAUCCGGCUCAGCGAGGCCAAGUUCCCAGCUGGCACCACGGGUGUUCAGCUCGAUCCGAUCGCACGUCACGCGCUGUGGCAGGACGGCUACGACUAUCGCCACGGAACGGGCCACGGCAUCGGAUCGUUCAUGGACGUUCACGAAGGACCGCAAGGAUUUUCGACCAUGUCUGGUGGAUCCAAGAAGCCAGUGGCUCUCGAGGAGAACAUGGUGCUGACCAACGAGCCCGGCUUCUACGAAGAGGGGCACUUUGGCAUCCGUACCGAGUCGCUCCUGGCGGUAAAGCGGAUCGAGACGCACCGCGGAUUCGGCGAUGUGCCAUGGUACGGAUUCGAGCGCAUCACGCAGGUUCCCAUCGCCACCAACCUGGUGGAUUUCAGCCUGCUGUCCUACACCGAGGUGCGCUGGCUCAAGGAGCACAAUGCCGAGGUGCGCAAGAAGCUGUUGCCACUCAUCAAGGAUGACAAGCGGGCAGUACGCUGGCUCCGUCGACAGUAG